GUGUUAUUGUGUUACAGUAUUAUUUAACAUCAUCUACCAAUUAUAGAUUAUAGAUUUGAAGCGCUAGUAAUUGAAUUUUAAAAUAUGAAUAUGUGAUUUAAGAAAAAAUUACCGAGUUCCACCCAGUAAACUUUUGUCAAAAUUCCACACAGAAGAGAAGUACUAAAGCCCUCCUCCUGUACUGAUCUUGUUUUAUAAUUAAUUCAUUCUUUAAUACUAUUGUGAAACAAGAGAACCAUAGUUUAUUGAAUUAAACACAUUUGUUCAUAGAUCCCAAGAGGAGGUAUAUAUGAAACGUCAGAAUACCAAUAAUACCAUGGAGAUGAAAGACUUUCAGAUUGGAAUUGCAGAAAAAGAUGAAGCUAAGAAGCAUCAAUUGGCUCCUAAAAGAAAAUCGAAUAAAGAUAGGCACACUAAAGUUGAAGGCAGAGGAAGGAGGAUUCGCAUGCCUGCACUCUGUGCUGCUAGGAUUUUCCAACUCACGCGCGAAUUGGGUCAUAAAUCUGAUGGAGAGACCAUCCAGUGGCUAUUACAGAAAGCGGAACCCUCCAUAAUUGCUGCAACUGGCCAUGGAACAAUUCAGGUCGCUUUACCGGCGGCUGGACCCUCUGUUUCGCAACAGGGAAUAGAUGGAAGUAUUAGUAGUUGGCCUAUGGUUGUUGGGAGACCCCAGUUGGGGAUAUGGCCUCCAUCUCCUCCUGACAUCAGUAAUUUGGGAACUGAAAGUCUGCAAAAGAUUUGUUUCCCUGGGUUUGACCUCCCAUCCACCAAUUUGAGUUUUACAUCUAUGUUGGGUGCCACUAACCUAUCUGGAUUGGAGCUCGGAUUAUCACAAGAUGCUCCUAUUAACCUUCUCCUGAGGAUGAUAGUUCUCAAGGAUCAGGCCACUAGAGCUUUCAUAUAAUUAUGAUUUUGGUGUUGGGUUUUCUUUUUAUCAUUCAUUUUGACCUUUGGAUCCUACUCGAGUGCUGUUUGUUGAAAUAUACAUAUACAACUCUUGUGUAACAUAUGUCAGUGCAAGACACUGAAUUCUGAACGACCCUAAAUUUUGUUAGGCUAAUUCAACAUGAACCACCUGGUUGUCUGGAUGAAUUCAGACCCUCAAUAUAGGCUUUCUACAUAGAUAUUUGUAUAUACCGGGAACUCAUUUCAUCACUUGCAGGAAAAAUCUUCAAUUGAAUAGGUCUCUUCAGACUCUUUACUGUUGCUACCUAAACUAGCUUUCUUCAGAAGAUCCAUCCUCUAUUCAGUUCAAUGUUCUUGAACUUCUACCUUCAGUGAAAAAGGUCGGUGCUUUUCAGGGAUUCAACAGUUUGUCCAUCAAAGUCAGCCUUUCAUUUAUAACCCUUUGCUUCAUAACCCAACAAAUGUUUUUUGAGAAAUGCAUUAAUUUUUUGACAAGAUGUUGACAUUUUCGGUGUUUAAUAAUGUUUAUCUCUAUAUUGCAUCGUGUAUUAUUCAUGGAGCUAGUACGUUAUACGCUUGACAUGGGAUGCCAGAUUAUUCAUGAAGUCAGUCAGACGUGCUGGUCCUAGUAGCUUCCUGAAUAAAGAUGUAAGUGUUACUUAUUAAUGUGGCAAAACUUUACUUAGCCUUGUUCCUGUUGAAAGAUGCAUUAGUGUUGAAGACUCCAAUUGACCUUUGCACCUUUAACAUGCUCAGAUUUUGCAAAUAUACAUGUAUAAACAUAAACACUAGAAUUUUUCAGUCUGAAAAUGUUAAAAAAGAAAAAAACUGUAAGGAAGUAUGAUCAACAGUAGAAUCAGUUGACAUGAAAUAUAUUCAAAUCUGUAAAGGCAUGAAUGGAAGAGGCUGUCAUUCAAUCAAGUAGUAAACACAACUGGAUCAUUUCCUUUUUUAUUUUUAGAUGUUAAUGUGGCUACUAACUAUCUCCUAGUGUUGCUUGUUCCCAGGAAUAACCAGCUAGAGCAUUUCAUUCUGUCCUCUUUUUCUGCUUCCACUUAUUUUUUUAAAAUAGGAGUAAUUUUUUUUACUCAAGGACCGACAAGCAAAAUGAAAA